AUGCGGGAGGAAGAUAAGGGCCUGAAGAAGGGGCGUCACAUGUUUGACAUGAAGUCCGCCAUAUUAGGGGCUAUACCGGGUUUCAAGCGUCUCCAGGGGUCGCGAAACGAUGACUGGAUCGAUCGCAUGAACCACGUCUACACCGUGAUCGUCCUAAUUAUCUUCGCCGUCGUCGUGAGCACGUCGCAGUUCGUCGGCAAUCCCAUACACUGCUGGCACCCGGCGGAGUUCAAAGGCUGGUACGAAAAAUACGCGGAGUACUACUGCUGGAUCUCAAACACUUACGUCGUCUCGUUCUCCGAGACGCUCCCCGUGGACAUCGGCGAGCGGAAGGAGCGGGAGAUUACGUACUAUCAGUGGGUGCCGCUUAUUCUCGCCCUCCAAGCGUUCAUGUUCAAGUUCCCCAACGUCGUCUGGAAGCUGCUUCACCCCAACUGCGGUCUCAACCUGAACAAGAUCGUCAACAUGGCCGAUCAGACGCAGCUCGCGAACCCCAAAGGACGCCAGGACAUCAUCGACCACAUGGCCUCGCAUCUGGACAAGUGGCUGGACACGGAGCGCAACUACAGCUGGAACCGCUACGUCGCCGCCCGCGAAAAGGUGUCUAAAAUAUGCUGCAUCAUCUGCAGCAAACGCAGCGGAACCUAUCUUUCGGGACUCUUCCUGUUUGUGAAGAUCCUUUACAUGGCCAACGUUAUCGGCCAGUUUUUCCUCCUCAACGCGUUCAUGGCGACCGACUACAACGUGUUCGGUUUCGAGGUCCUAAAGGGCCUCAGCGAGAACACCCCGUGGCGCGACAGCCCUCGCUUCCCGCGCGUGACCUUCUGCGACUUCGAGAUUCGUCAGCUUCAGAACAUUCAACGGUUCACGAUCCAGUGCGUGCUCCCCAUCAAUCUGUUCAACGAGAAGAUCUUCAUCUUUCUCUGGUUCUGGUUCUUCUUCAUCGCGUUCGUGUCCGCCUACAACCUCCUAGUCUGGUGCUUCACCAUCGUCUUCAAAAGAAACCGCGUCUCCUUCGUCAAGAAAUACCUGAAGAUCACCGAUCAGCUCCAAAACGGUUUCGACCGGAAGCUCUGCCAGCGCUUCGCCGACAGUUACCUGCGCGAGGACGGUGUCUUCGUGUUGCGCAUCGUCACGCGGAACUCAUCAGAUCUCGUCACCACGGACCUCGUGACGGCCAUGUGGCGGAAGUUCCAAGAGAAGCAGAACAGACGACCGAACAAUGACGACGGAACUCUAAGGCCCGAAGAAAUGUCGCCGCUUUCCAACGAGAAACAGCCGCUACCGGAGGAUUGA